AGGCCCGAGGGGAAGAAUCUUUUCCUUUGCCUCUUCCAGCUUCUGGAGGCCGCCUGUAUUCAUCCGCUCAUGGCCCUUUACUCCACCUUCAAAGCCAACAAGGCUGUUGAAGAGCCGGGCGUCACGAUGACCGAGCGCUUUGACUGCCACCAUUGUGAAGAAUCUCUCUUUGGCAAGAAGUACAUCCUGAGGGAGGAGAGCCCCUACUGUGUGGCGUGCUUUGAGGCCCUCUAUGCCAACACUUGCGAGGAGUGUGGGAAGCCCAUCGGCUGUGACUGCAAGGACUUGUCCUACAAGGACCGACACUGGCAUGAGGCCUGUUUCCACUGCUCGCGGUGCAAGAGCUCGCUAGUGGACAAGCCCUUCGCUGCCAAGGAGGACCAGCUGCUGUGCACGGGCUGCUACUCCCACGAGUACUCAUCCAAGUGCCAGGAAUGCAAGAAGACCAUCAUGCCAGGUCAGGACGCGCCCUGCCCCCGCGGUGCCGCAGAGCACGCUUGCACUUUUCUUCCCUUCCACUUGCUGAAUCCGUGCUUGGUGGGCUAUUUCAACAAACGGGCAUUGUGCCCGCUGUGCGCCCGGUGCUGGGCUGGGAGCCGGGGGGUUAAGGAGUCGUGAGGGGAGAGCACACCCCGUCCCCUGUCCUCCUGGACUCCGUGGUCUAGACAGACGUUCAUUCUCAACAGACCCAGACUUGAUCACAGCUGGGUCAAGUGUUAAACGAGUAAUAAGGGUGACUUGCUGGUAUGGGGAGGAUGGGACGGUGUCCCUUGUUUCUUGGGCGAAGUUGGCUUGUUCUCUUUUGUGGGAGAGAGGAAGCUCUUAUUUUAAAACACUGAGUGAACAAAAGUAUAUAGACUUUUUAAAUACGGCAUUCAAAAAAGUCUUGCUAGGCACAUCCAGAAAUGAGGGCAAGGAGAGGAAUCACCAGGAGUGAAGCAUGAAGCAGUGGCCAGGCCCCUGGCACCCAGUCACGUGGCUGGGACGCAGCCUGCCGUGAGGCCUUGGAGAGACGUGGCCCUGAGGCCCCCGUCGGCGGGUGCUGGCAGAGCUUCUCCCAAAUCAGGCUCAGGGUGGCAGCAGGGGCGCCAGUCAGGCCCGCCUUCCAGAUGCCGAGAAGCCCCGGCCAGCUGGCCGAUGCGCCCCACAUCGCCCGGGAGGGUGCCUACCUUCAAAACAGCCGCUGAGGAGGCAGCGGGGAAGCAUCUUUCAUCCCAGGGAGGUUUAGAGUUAAGGGCAGACAUAGGAAGAAAUCUAACGCACAGUAAUAAUGUGUUCAAUCUGAUGAAGUAGCUGUGAAGGUUUAAAAAAGUGGUCUGAAGAGUAAAUUAAAGUGCACGUGAUUGAGGCUUGUGAUUUCAAAUGGGAAUUUCCUUAAUUUAUCACCUGUCGUGAUGUUCAGGGUAUCUUACGAUUCGUCAUAUUCACAAGCUUAAUUCGUUUCAACAACAAUCACUUAAGGACUUGAGGUUUGGUGUAUUGGUUGAGGUUUUUUAAAGGGAUAUCAAGUAUGUGAAGCGUUCAAGUGUAGUUUUAAAGGAGCUGAGGUGUGGGGGCACCUGAGUGGCUCAGUCGAUUGAGCAUCUGACUCUGGAUUUGGGCUCAGGUCAUGAUCUCAGG